AUGCAGCAUCCUCUGACGGGGGCCACCUGCGUGGCGCUCCCCAACGUGGGCAUGUGUCCCCAGCUCUCGUGUGCCUUGACUUUUAUGUACUUACAGCAGGGUAAUCAGGAAGCAGCAGCUGCCCCCGACACAAUGGCUCAGCCUUAUGCUUCGGCCCAGUUUGCUCCCCCUCAGAACGGCAUCCCCGCGGAAUACACGGCCCCUCAUCCCCACCCCGCGCCAGAGUACACGGGCCAGACCACCGUCCCCGAGCACACGUUAAACCUGUACCCUCCCGCCCAGUCGCACUCGGAGCAGAGCGCAGCGGACACGAGCGCGCAGACCGUCUCGGGCACCGCCACACAGACAGAUGACGCAGCCCCAACGGAUGGCCAGCCCCAGACACAACCUUCUGAAAACACGGACAACAAGUCCCAGCCCAAGAGGCUGCACGUCUCCAACAUCCCCUUCAGGUUCCGGGAUCCGGACCUCCGACAAAUGUUUGGUCAAUUUGGUAAAAUCUUAGAUGUUGAAAUUAUUUUUAAUGAGCGAGGCUCAAAGGGAUUUGGUUUCGUAACUUUCGAAAAUAGUGCCGAUGCGGACAGGGCGAGGGAGAAAUUACACGGCACCGUGGUAGAGGGCCGUAAAAUCGAGGUAAAUAAUGCCACAGCACGUGUAAUGACAAAUAAAAAGACUGUCAACCCUUAUACAAACGGCUGGAAAUUGAAUCCAGUUGUGGGUGCAGUCUACAGUCCCGAAUUCUAUGCAGGCACGGUGCUGUUGUGCCAGGCAAACCAGGAGGGAUCUUCCAUGUACAGUGCCCCCAGUUCACUUGUAUAUACUUCCGCAAUGCCCGGCUUCCCGUAUCCAGCCGCCACCGCUGCGGCCGCCUACCGAGGGGCGCACCUGCGAGGCCGCGGCCGCACCGUGUACAACACCUUCCGGGCCGCGGCGCCCCCGCCCCCGAUCCCGGCCUACGGCGGUGUUGUUUACCAGGAUGGAUUUUAUGGUGCAGACAUUUAUGGUGGUUAUGCUGCAUACCGCUACGCCCAGCCUACCCCUGCCACUGCUGCUGCCUACAGUGACAGAAAUCAGUUCGUCUUCGUUGCAGCAGAUGAAAUUUCUUGUAACACCUCUGCAGUUACGGACGAGUUUAUGCUGCCGACCCCUACCACCACACACUUGCUCCAGCCCCCACCUACGGCGUUGGUGCCAUGCCCCAAGGUUCCAGCCCCAGCACAGACUUCAGAGGAGCUAAGCUGCACACUUCCAGGCCUCUGCUGUCAGGCAGCUGAGAAUCUGACUGCCUCUCCUCCCCUAUUACAAUUCAUGUUUAAAGUCAUAGUCGCCCAGGAGAGAAAAUAG